CGCACAUACUACGUAGUACAGUAGUACGUACUCCGCACUAGUUUAGAUAGAGAAACUGUCUAAAUUGCAUGUCAUCGCAUCACUCGCAUCUGCUUCUCCUUCCUCCGCCUCCUCCCUCAAUCGCAACCGCCUCUCGACGGCGCCGCCUCUACCAACCACCUCUCCUUCAAUGCUGCUUCCAUUCUCGUGAUCGCCGUGGUUUGUGGUUCAAUUUCGAAGGAGACGAAAGCAACACAAACAGACGCACCAUCAUCAUCAAUUUCAGAUUCUCAUAGACGGGCCUUGUUCUCAUCACUCCAUGGGCGAGCGGGCGAAGAAAGUUCUUAGGGAUUUGUUGGCAAAGUUUCCCGGUGUUGCCGAGGAACUCAAUCAGCUUCUCCAGAUGAUUGAUGAAGGACGAGCGGUCGACAUUACAGAAGUUUCUGAAAAAACCCUUAUGAAGCAUCUGAAAAAGCUCUUUCGUUCCUUAAACCUCCAGGAAAAAGGGGACGGGGUUUUUAUGCUACGAUCUAGGGCUCGUCCCACUUUGGAAGUUAUUGGGCAUAUGAUACAGAGUGAAAUGACUCAGCAGGAAACCAGGAUAAUAUUGAAGCCUCUGCUUCUGGAAAGAGGUUCAUUGGGCCCGCGAUGCCAUCUGCUCAGUUGCUUGCUGCAGCAGCCAAACUGACAGAAGACAGUGGAGAAUUCGUUGGGCCACCACCUCCUGCUCUUAUCAGGGAGGCUGAAUCAUCUAGCGAGGCCGAGCGCUUCGAAGAGGUUACUAGAAUAAUGGCAGGGAAGUCAGAUAGUCCUUAUGAUAUUGUGGGAGUUAACUACAAGAUGCCUGCUGACAAUAUAAAGAAGAGGUAUUGGAAACUGUCACUUAUGGUGCAUCCAGACAAAUGCCCUCAUCCACAAGCUCACCAAGCAUUCAUUAAACUGAACAAGGCUUUUAAGGAUCUGCAAGAUCCAGAUAAGAAAAAAGCGUUGGAUGAUAAAAUUAAGAAAAAAGAAGAGGACGAAGAAAUGAAGGCGGAAUUGAAGUCAAUGCUGGAAGCUGCACAAUGGAGGCGGUUACAAGGUUUGGCUAUGGAAGGAGAUGAUGUGUUGCUAGCAGAGUUAGAUGUGAAAGCUCCGCCAAAACGAGAUGAAUGGAUGACAACCUUACCUCCUGAAAGAAAGCCUGGUGGUAUGCCUAUGCACUCUACAAGUUUCAGUAGAAUUGCUAAAGAAGGGCGGGGCGAUACUUGGGCUUGGACGGACAACCCAUCUGACCGGGCUCAGAAGGCAAAGAUGAAGUAUUGUUUAUAGACCUUUGAAUUUCAAGAUGUAGCACGCGGUUAAAAUGUGUAAAUAACUAUUAUAGUGUAAUCAUUUAGUUGAUAAUCGAAAAAUUAUUACCAUAGUCAUACACAAGAAAUAGUUUCAGAACCAAUGAGGAGAGAUUCAAAAUCCAAAACAGCCAAUACAACAAUAGCUAAUUAGCUAGCCAUUACCAAUAAUCUUCUUUCCUUUGGGUAGUCAACACAUUAGUUCAGACGAUGACAUAAUACAAUGACUGUAUGGUAUUUUCACAUAUAUAAAUUGAUAAGUUUUGACCA